AUGUUUUACCGGUUUUUUAGCAAGUCGGGCUCUUCUUGGCGAUCACAGUUCCAGAGACGGUUUUACUACAGACCUUGGAUCCGUGUGAAAAACAUUCAAGCAACACCAUUAUGGAAACCGGUUACGUUUGCUUUGGGCAUGGGUUUCGCUAGCUUUUCUGUCGCUCAUGCUCUUGACGCUCGAAAGCAACAAGCAAAGAAAAUAACCUCGUUUCGUGGACGGCGUAUUCAUCAACCGUCUUCUAAAAAAAUAGUACUGAGCAUUGUUGGCGUUAAUGCAGCUGUUCUCUUAUUGUGGAAGUUGCGUCCUUAUGGAAAGGUGGUCCGGUUUCUCGACCGGUAUACCAUUAUGAAUCCUGUCCGUACUACGCUUCCAUCCAUGCUUCUAUCUGCUUUCAGUCAUCAAUCCAAUUGGCAUUUUGCGGUGAACAUGAUUGCGUUUUACUCGUUUGCACCAAGCGUCGUUGAUGUUAUGGGGCCCAACCAAUUCUUAGCCUUUUUCACCACAUCGGUGCUGGCAUCCAAUCUUGUCAGCAUAUUCCACCAUCGUUUACGCUUCGGGUCCGCUAUGACUCCAGGGUCCCUGGGUGCGAGCGGUGCUGUGUAUGCCAUUGCAGCAGCAACCUCGUACUUCUUCCCUAAUGCGAGCGUGUCCAUAAUCUUCUUACCUUUCAUUCCCAUCCGAAUUGGUGUAGCAUUACUUGGACUUAUGGCCUUUGAUGCCUGGGGUCUCAUUAACCGGUCCCGCUUCACGUUCAUUGAUCAUGCUGCACACUUGGGAGGUGGCAUUUUUGGUUGGUUGUAUGCCAAGUACGGCUACUCUGCCUACAAACGCAGCCUCCGACCUCCUCCACCGCCAGCCGUGAACUCUGUAUUCCGUCGUUCAGUUUCCUGGUAA